GAGGAAAUGUUUCACUGAAGAAGAACCCAUCCAGAGGACCUUCUUAUUGUUUUCAUUUUGGUUUAAAUUAAAUUAGGUUAAUUUAUCAGUAGUUUUUCCCCCCCAAAAGGAGUACAAAAAGUUAACCAAGCCAGGAGAGAUGGCAGACCGAGCCUUAUCUGCUGCCAAGGAGGUUGUCCUAAUGCCCAGCUGUGACCUUCCUGAGGACCUGCCCAGAAUCCGAGGCUACGACUUCAACCAGGGCGUCGAUCUGAAGGCAGUGCUGAAGUCCUACCUCACCACGGGCUUUCAGGCCAGCAGUUUGGGUUUAGCCAUCCAGGAGAUCAAUCACAUGAUAGAGAAGCGCCUUGAGCCAGUGGAGGUUGAUGAAGAAAACAAGUCUCUGGAGUCUGGUGAAUCCUCCGGAAAAUCAGGCUGCACCAUCUUCCUGGGCUACACCUCCAACCUCAUCAGCUCCGGAGUCAGAGAGAGCAUCCGCUACCUGGCAGAGCACAAAAUGGUGGAUGUGAUCGUGACCACGGCGGGAGGCAUCGAGGAAGAUCUGAUCAAGUGUUUGUCUCACACCUACCUGGGAGACUUUAGUCUGCCGGGUAAGGAGCUCCGGCUGAAAGGCAUCAACAGAAUAGGGAAUCUGCUGGUGCCCAAUGACAACUACUGUAAGUUUGAAGACUGGCUGAUGCCCAUUCUGGACCAGAUGUUGUUGGAGCAGAACACAGAGGGCGUCCGAUGGACUCCUUCUAAAAUGAUCCAUCGGCUUGGCAAGGAGAUAAAUAACACAGACUCUGUCUACUACUGGGCCUACAAGAAUAACAUCCCUGUGUUCAGUCCUGCGCUCACAGACGGCUCUCUGGGAGACAUGAUCUACUUCCACUCAUUCAAGAACCCUGGCUUGGUUUUGGACAUCGUUGAAGAUAUUCGAAGGUUGAACGGUCUGGCAAUUUUUGCCAAGAAGACAGGAAUGAUCAUCCUGGGAGGAGGACUGGUGAAGCACCAUAUAGCCAACUCUAAUCUUAUGAGGAACGGAGCAGACUACGCCGUGUACGUGAACACGGGUCAGGAGUUUGACGGGUCUGACGCUGGGGCCCGACCCGAUGAGGCUGUAUCCUGGGGCAAAAUCCGAACRGAUGCCAAACCUGUAAAAGUGUAUGCAGACGCCACGUUAGUUUUCCCUCUUAUUGUAGCUGAGACCUUCGCUCUGCACGCAGACAAGCUGACAGCUGGACAGAAAACUGUUUAAUUACCUUACAUGUUUAGUUAUAAACAACCACCUGAUUCCUCUGUUUUUUGUUUCUAACUGAAAACAAGUCAGGUGUCCUGAACCYCUGUUUAGAAAAUCCAUUCAGUCAGUUUUAGCAAGCAUGUAUAGAAUGUGUCUGGAUAUUUAUUAUUUGAAUGGAAUGCUAAUGCUAAUUCUGUAACUUGUUCAAACAAGUCAUUUUUUUUUCUUUUGUGGACAGCUGACUGUGUGUUAUGCUAUUACCUCUGUACCAAAGAGACAUCCUAGAAUGCAGGGUGUGUCGAGGCACAAAACUGCACAUGUAUACAAGUAUUACCAAAGCAAAGGCCUUUGAUAUUAGUUUUUAUUUUUUAUUAGUGUCACUUUGGAUGGACGAUAUCCCUCUUAAGAAGUCACGAGAAAAUGACUGUUUUCCUUGGUUAAAGGAUGUUUAGUGUGCUUAAAUUCUGUAAUGGUUCACUGUAGAUGUGUUUAAAAAGGUCACGCUGAUCCCAUCAUAUGACUGAUCAUUGUUUAAAAGAGACAUUUAUAGAUUACAAUGCUCUUUAGUUACAUUCGUAACGCAUUUAGAAGCAACAAAUUGACCUACUUUUCUUUUAAAAUGGUACAAAGAGAAUAUAUUAAAAGUUGAAAAUCGUUUUUCUUUUUUUUAAAGUUUCUGAACUGGCAGCAAGUUUCAGAAAAGUUGAGUGAAAAGGUUGCAGCAUGAGUGCUUUCCAAUAGAACAAUGGUAGUUUUGAAAGUUAAAUAUUUGUCCUAUUCUUGCUAAAUAGAAAAUUUCAGCCUAGAUCUUAUCCAUUGUAUUUUUUAUUUCAUAAUGCUUUUACUGCAUAGCCACUGUUGUAAUACAUGUAGGAUGUGGUUUGCCAUUGUUUCGCUGAAAUAAAGGAAAACUUCAGUCUCAA